AUGGAACAGGUAAUCUUUUGCAUAGAGUUAUUACUUAAAGUGGCUCUGUCAGCUGAUCCUGAUCACUGUCCAGGUCAACGUAUUAAGUGUUACAGUUGCAAUUCUGUACAAGAUAGUCAUUGUAAUGAUCCUUUUUUCAAGCAAUCACAACAGACUAAAUCAUUUCCUGUAGUUGAUUGUAAUGAUUAUUGCUUUAAAUGGGCAUUUCAAGGUCCAGUUAUUUUGCGAAAAAAGAGAAAAAAAAAUUUUUUUUAUGAAAGCCUAAUAAAUUCAGAUGGUCAAAAACAUUUAAUACGUAAUUGUUCAACAAGUUUAAAUAUGAAAAUGGAAAAGUAUUUAGUGUGUAUUACUGAAUCUCGUUCAUCAGUUGGUUAUUUAUGCUUUUGUAAUAAAGAUAAGUGUAAUUUAAGUUAUUCUAUUAGUCAAUGUCAAUAUAUUAUGCAUAUAUCAGUUAUAUUUAUAAUUUAUUCAUUAUAUCAUUUUAAGGAUGUAUUGUUGUGUUGA